UCGUUCUAAUAGUUAAUUUGUGAUACCCUUUUUUGUGUAAUGACCUAAAAAAUCAUGUCGGAGUUCUCUCAGUCCUUUUUCUUGGGUGAAAACACCCUGGAAACGAUCGAAAAGCAAGCAGCUCAGAAACCUGGGCCGCUAUCUACGCCGCCCCAAAAGUCUUCCGGGGCCGCCAGUCGGCGAACGACCCGUUCUAGCCAGACCAAAGUCCAAACACGCCAAAGCAGCGACGAGCAGCUAUUGGAAGUGAUUGAAGAAUCUCCGACGAACAAUGCCACCCGUGGCUUCGGAGGUAGCGUUACCGGUCAGAAAAGUGUUCGCGAGCGGUUGAAAACGAUCGGAACACAAUCGCGUUCGCGAUCGCGGAAAGGAUUCCGCCGAAACAAGUCCGAUUCGAUUGUGUCAAAAGUAGAGGAACGGCAGAGGAGUUUGCCGGAAUCGAAGGCACGCAGUGAAAGCCGCGAUCAGAUCGAUAUGAUCGACUCUGAACUGCUGAGGAGUGAUGUCCAUUUCGAUGGGUUGUCCGGGCGAGCACAGGAAGGGAUUGAGCAGAAAGAAAUCAAUAUCUCUAAGCUGUUGGAGUCGGAUUUGAGCUUCGAAGUGCCGAAACUAUCUGGUCAUAAAAAUGAAAACCAGGAGGUCCAAGGUAAUCCAUCAGAGCCAAAGAUUGCCCGUAGAAGCGACGAGUUUGAGGACAUGUUUGGAAGCACUGACUUUUCCUUGGAUUUACAGCCACGCAGUCAAAGUGUGGUAAAUUCCAACAUGUUUGAGCAGAGUGCGUUUACGAUGGACGUUCCUGACGAACCGAAAGCGGUGGAGCCACUGGUGGUAAGCUAUUUCCGCGAAGCUUUAGGUGACGAAGAGUUGAGGGAGUUCUCCGAACUUCAAGAAUCGCUUCGUGUCGAGUCGGACAGUGAACACCCCUCGGAGCGGAUUGAAGUUCCUCUAUCGGUGGAAAAUGUUACCUUCGCACAAAUGCCUUCGAUGGAUUCCAUGGGGCAUGAAAUGGAUAAAUUUUUAACAAAGGGAAUCGAAAGUUCUAAGGAGUUGGUUAUUGGAGCUCUAAUGGAAUCCCAAGUUCCAAGUAUCAGUACAACCCUCUCCAUGACGCAGAACCACACGUUUUCAAAUAGCUUCAUGAUGCCGAGGCAAAGGGCGACUCAACGACAAGCACGAUCUCCCGAAGCGGGCCACGAAUCCAUGUCCCUCAACACGUCGAAAAAUCUUCGCCUGGUGGCCAACUGGGGUCUGCCGGAACCGAUCACGAAGGCUUACGCCCGAAAAGGCAUAACGGAACUGUUUCAGUGGCAAGCGGAUUGCCUGGCUAAUCCGAGGGUGAUUCUCGAGUGUGCCAACUUGGUUUACAGUGCACCGACCUCCGGUGGGAAAACGAUGGUCAGUGAGUUUCUAGUGGCGAAGACGGUGGUCGAGAGGAAACGCAAGGCGAUCGUCAUACUCCCAUUCGUGGCGGUUGCUCGGGAGAAGAUGUUCUACAUGCAGGAAAUCCUCUCUCCGGCCGGAAUACGCGUUGAGGGUUUCUUCGGUGGCCACAAUCCGCCGGGUGGUUUCGACACCGUCGACGUCGCCGUGUGCACUAUAGAGAAGGCCAACUCGAUUGUUAAUCGAUUGUUGGAACAGCGCAAACUCGCCGACAUUGGACUUAUCGUGGUUGAUGAGAUUCAUCUGAUAUCUGAUCAGUCCCGCGGUUACAUCCUAGAGCUGUUGCUUACGAAGGUGCGCUUUGUGUGCCAAAUGAAGGGCGAACGGAUUCAGAUCGUGGGCAUGUCAGCCACGUUGCCGAAUAUGGAACUACUGGUCGACUGGCUGCAGGCGGAACAAUUUCGAACGGAUUACCGACCGAUCGAGCUGAGGGAGAUGGUUAAGUUGGGGACGUGUGUAUUUGACAAUCAGAAGAAAUUGGUGAGGAAGUUGGAUGCGGAUCAGUAUCAGGAGGUCAUGCGCGAUCAGGACAAUGUGGCACAGCUGUGCUUGGAGACGAUUCUGGAGGGUUGUUCGGUGAUUGUGUUCUGUCCUUCUAAGGAUCGGUGCGAACAGUUGACGCUGCAUUUGGCCGAGUUUGUCUAUCGGACGUUGAAAAGUGAGAGUGAGCUGGGCGAACGGCUACGGAAGGAAAUUGAUCGGGAAAAGUUGGAAGAAGCAUUGGUGUUGCUGAGGAACUGCCCCACGGGGUUGGACGCGGUGUUAGGGAAAACUGCUCGUUACGGGUGUGUGUAUCAUCAUGCGGGGCUGACGGCAGACGAGAGGGACAUCAUUGAAAGUUGUUUCAAAAACAUGACCCUGCGGGUGAUUGUGGCAACCAGUACAUUGAGCAGCGGAGUGAAUUUGCCGGCUAGGCGGGUGAUUAUUCGGACGCCCAUGUUCGGAGGAUCGGUGAUGAACUCACUGACCUAUCGGCAAAUGAUAGGCCGAGCCGGGCGGAAGGGUCGCGACGUGCUGGGGGAAUCGAUUCUCAUGUGCGACGGACAGAGUUCAAAAGCCGCCUGGGAGUUGGUGAAAACGGAGCUGAAACCGAUUGCGUCCUGUCUGGAUGGAGAUGGCUAUAGCCACCUGAAACGAGCCAUCCUGGAGAUCAUCGCAUCCGGCGUGGCUAGCAGCACCGUCGAUCUGGAAACGUUCGUCAAUUGUACGUUGUUCAGCUGCGAAAAGAAGUGUCGGUUCACCUUCAGUAUGGACUCGCUGGAACAAAGUCACCGCCGUACGGCAUGGCCCAAGAAAGCCGACUCCAAUGUCCAGAACCAUCAGCAGCAGCAGCAGCAGCAGCUAGACGAAGCCGAUCCAGUGGCUAGCUGUGUUCGAUUCCUGCUGGAGUAUGAAUUCAUCCGGCUGCAGAACAGUGCGGAAAGUGGUGAAUCGCUUCUGGUUUCCACCCCGCUGGGGAAUGCUUGCCUGUCGGCUUCGAUGGCACCUCGGGAUGGGUUUCUGCUGUUUGGCGAGCUGCAAAAGUCGCGCCAGUGUUUUGUGCUGGAAUCGGAACUGCAUGCCAUCUAUCUGGUGACACCGUAUUCCGUUAGCUACCAGUGGCAGGACAUCAGCUGGGUGGAUUUUCUUGAACGGUGGGAAAACAUGGACGCUGCGAUGAGACGGGUUGGUGAGUUGGUCGGGAUUCGGGAUGCCUUCCUGGUCAAAGGGUUGCGAGGGAAGAUCGGAGAUGCGGACCGUGAUGCUCUGUUGACUCACAAACGGUUCUAUACGGCGCUCGCAUUGAAACAGUUGGUCGAUGAGGAACCGCUGAGCAGAGUGGCGCAGAAAUUCCACUGCUCUCGGGGAGUGCUGCAGGGCUUGCAGCAGGUGGCGUCCACAUUUGCAGGCAUCGUAACUGCGUUCUGCACCUCGCUCAACUGGAACUUAUUGGCGAUGAUCAUCAAGCAGUUUCGGGAACGGCUCUACUUUGGAGUACAACCGGACCUACUGGAUCUGAUGCGGAUAGCCAGUCUGAAUAGCCAACGGGCACGGCUGUUGUUCAAUGCCGGCAUUGCAGGACUGCUGGAGUUGGCCAACAGUAAUCACCUGGACAUCGAACGGAUCCUGUACAAUUGUGUAAGCUUCGAAACGGAACAACGGCGGGAUGGGGAAGCCGAAUUCGACGCGCAACGGAGACUGAAUCAGCGUAAUCUGUACGUAACGGGAAGGGCAGGCCUGACGGUGCAAGAGGCGGCCAAGCUGCUGGUUAAGGAAGCUCGGGAGUACAUCCAGCUGGAAAUGGGGGUGCGAAAUCCGGAAUGGGAGGAAAGGGCCGAGGAGGCCGAAGUGAUUGAACCACCCCUGGCGAGAAACGGUGAAAGUGAGAAUCUGUUUUCUCCGGUGGCAGAGGCGCUACCAUCUCCGCCAUCGGCGACAUCAUUCGAAGUGUCCGAUGCGAACAGCAAUAGGGAAAUCGAACAAUUCCACAAUUCUCUGCUGAUGAACUUUUCGCACGUGAUGAACGAUGAUAAGGUAUCGUCCGCCCAAGGAGGAGGCGGUAAGUAUGACAGUGUAAAUGUGGUCGAUUUGUGUGCCGAUUCAGGGUUGUUCCAAAAAUUCGUGGAAAUGUUGGAUCAGUGCCGUUCGGUCAGUGUUUCGUUUGCUGUGAGCAAAUUCGACCGGGCGAAAUCGGUUAUCGGUGGUAAUCUGCUGAUCAACCAGCAGGUCCGAAGCGAACAGGAUGAGAUUAUGAGGAACUAUCCGUACGUUUUCGGAGAAAAUCUUUACCUGAGCGGAGUGGCGUUCAGGUUUCCGGAGGUGGGCGAGGUGUCGGAGUCGGAAUCGGUCAAUGCAGUGUAUUAUUUGAAUUUACGUAGAAAUCACAGUAUCAAGUGUGAAUUGAAGCAAAGUGCGAUAAGGCGUUUGUUCGGGCGUGAAGGAGCAACGGUGGAAAUGUUCGACGCCAAGGAGCAGCUGAAAAUGGCCUAUCGAAGUGGAUUGCUCUCGCUGCAGCAGGAGUUGAUGGCAAAUUUACGCGAUCCGAAGGUGGCUUGCUGGCUGCUGCAAGCCGAAGAUAAGGUCAUUCCUUUGUUGGCAAUGAUCCAGCAACACUGUCCGGAACUCACUUCCUUGUGCCAACUAGCCGGUCGCUGUCCAGGAUCCUCCGGCCCGAGUUUGAACUACAUGAGCACCAUAGAUGCGAAAAUCAGAUGCACAGUGGAGAGUUUCCUCGUAUCGCACCUAACUCAAUCGCAAGUGGCUCAAUUCGAUCAGCUUGACCGGGCGCAGGACAUGCUCGGCACCUUCACCAACCGGGAAAUGCCCAUUCACGGUGCGCUGGCACGAAUGGAACUGGUCGGAUUCCCGGCCGAUGCGAUCAAGCUCGGUCACCUGAUCAAUCGGCUCAAGUUGGCAAAGGAUCGAAUCUCGGAACGGGUUCGUACGCUGAAUGGAGGGCGAAAGCUGGACUUUGGUUCAGCCAGUGAAGUGGCAGCGGCACUGAAGGUUCCACGGGAACGCAACGGUAGAGUGAAAACCACCCGUCAGGUCUUGGAGAAGAUCGACUCCCCGCUGGCAGCGCUGGUGAUUGCCUUUCGGAAGAUUGAGAGUAAUCUCAGUCGAACGAUUGAACCGUUGUGCCGAGCGAUUCGCGAUGGAAGGAGAAUCUACGGGAACAGUUAUUGCUUCACGUCUACCGGAAGGAUUUCGAUGCACGAACCGAAUUUGCAGUCAGUCGUUAAAGAUUUCAAGGUAGAAAUCGAUCCCGGCCAGGUGGAGCUGUUCAGCUGUCGAAGUACAUUCGCCUGUUCCAGUGCAGAUCGCAUUCUUCUGUCGGCGGACUUCUGUCAGCUGGAACUGUGCGUUCUAGCUCAUUUAUCGCAGGAUCGGAAGCUCCUGGCAGUAAUGCACGGUGGGAAGGACGUCUUCCGAGGCAUUGCUGCCAAGUGGAAUCACAUCGAAGACGAAAGUCUAGUCUCCGACGAGCUGCGGAACUACACCAAGGCGAUCGUGUACGGAGUAAUCUACGGAAUGGGCGCUAAAUCCAUGUCCGCGGAGCUUAACGUCGAUGAAGAUACGGCCCGAACGUUGAUGGAGCAGUUUCAUGGGACCUAUCCGGACAUUCGACGCUACGCGGACAAGGUGGUUCAGAUAACGAGCGAUCGAGGCUACAUCGAAACGCUGACCGGUAGGAGACGCUAUCUUCCGGCGAUUCACAGUAGCGAUGCGAAAAAGCGUUCCGAAGCGGAACGGCAAGCCGUGUGCACCACGGUUCAGGGUUCGGCUGCGGAUAUUUUGAAGAAUGCUAUAUUACGAAUGAUGAGAAAUUUGCGCAAGUAUCGGCAGACGUUUAAGCUGGAACAGGUCGAGCUGGUGUUGCACAUGCACGAUGAACUGAUUUUCGAAGUGCCACGGGAUCAGGUGCGAAAGGUGGCGAAGAUUCUCAAGUCCAGCAUGGAGAACUGUGCGAAGCUCAGUUUGCCGCUGAAGGUUAAGGUGAAAAUGGGUCACAGCUGGGGUGAAAUGGAGGAGAUUCAAGUGUGA